ACAUCGGGAACUUGUAAAAAAGAGAAGGAUAUAAGUAAAGAGAGUCAGCCGAAGCUAGAACACUCCAACCUCGGUGCGGAGUGUUGUAAGCUUUGUGGCAAGAGCGUAGCGAACAUAAAAAAGCACAUGAAAUCGCAUUUCCCCGAUAAGUAUCAGUGCCAAAUCUGCAUGAUAUCUGAGUGCGCGCCGCUCACGUACAUUGAGAAAGUUAAUCUGUCGGACUUUUUCGAAAAGCUGCCGUACACGUACACUAGCAAAUGCAAACUAUGCGGUCGGGUCGUGUCGAAUCUAAAGAAUCAUUACUUGACGCACAAUCCAGGGAAUUACGUGUGCCCGCUCUGCGGCUGUCGUAGGACCCGGUUGGAUAACUUGAAGGUUCACAUUAAACAGAAACACCCCGAUGUACAGAUACUGCAGAUGUCCAGUGGCACCAACGGUAGAAUCGCGGUCGAUUAUACGGAUAUGAGUUUUCUAACGAUGGAAGUGUCGAUACAUGUCCCAUUGGUGACGACCAUUUGUGUAUUUCUGUACGACGAAGAUUUCUGCAAACGAGAUACAAUAUCUGUCGAAAUC